AUGGGUCGCCAUUCAACCAAGUUGACGUCACCUACGCCCAAGGUGGAUGAGCCUAUUAAUCCCAAGAAGCGAAAAAUCAAUGGCGAUGAGAUUGUGGCGCCAGAGUUAGCAGUCGACAUUUCUGCACCAGAGCCACCGUCAAAAAAGGCUUUGAGGCGAGCGAAAAGGGGUAGUGUCUUGAGCAAGAAAUUGACAGAGGAUCAUGCUGGUGAUGAGGUUCACGAAACAAACGACAAAGUUUCUAGACAACAUGGAGACGCGAAAGUGAAAACAGACUCCUCUAAUGAAUCAAAUUUUGGGAUCUGGAUCGGUAACCUGCCGUGGACAACAACGAAUGCAGAUUUACGGACUUUCUUUACGGAACGACUUAGCAUCGAAGCCAUUGCGAUCAAGAGACUGCACCUGCCGCCACCCAAGAAAGGGUCUUCGCAUACAACUCAACAAACGAUGAAGCCUCGGAAUCGAGGAUUUGCUUACGUCGACUUCUCGAGCCAAGGGGUACUAGAUGCGGCUUUAGCAUUGAGCGAAGAGCUUCUGUCAGGGCGCAGGAUACUCAUCAAGGAUUCGAAAAAUUUCGAAGGUCGGCCGGAACCGCCCAAGGAAGGUGAGAGAGAUGUACGAACCCCUUUAGGCAACCCACCGAGCCAAAGAAUUUUCGUCGGAAACCUUGGGUUCGACACUACAAAAGAAGAUCUGCUGGAGCAUUUUUCGCAGUGUGGAGCAAUUGCUGACCUUCACGUUGCGACUUUUGAGGAUACUGGUAAGUGCAAAGGCUAUGCAUGGAUUGAAUAUGUGGACCUUGAAGGAGGCAAGGUUGCUGCUAGAGGAUGGGUAGAGCGAGAGAGCGACCCAGCUGAGGAUGCCGAGCAAGACAGCGCUGACAAGGACGCGAGCGUAAGUAAGCAAGGAAAGCAAAAGAAAGCUCACAAAUGGUGGAUCAAUCGAUUGCAAGGUCGGGACCUAAGACUUGAAUUCGCCGAGGACAAGACAUUGCGGUACAAAAAGCGAUUCAACAAGGAUCGAGGCGGGCACACAAACAGUGACCACGACAUUUCAGAUGCGAAGCAACAAGUUGACGCUGGCUUGAAGCCCAAUAAUUCCGCCAAAGAUGAUAAGCCGCCUUCAACCCGCCGGCCUUUGCAGAAAAUCGAUCCCAGGAAUGUUGCCCCUGGAGCCGCGCUAGCAGCAGCACCUAGAUCGAACGCAGCGAUUGUUGAAAGUCGCGGAAAGAGGAUUGUGUUCGACUGA